AUGGCGGAACAAUCUCUCGGCGACAGUAUUGCUACUGCGCUACGCGGACUACUGAGUCCAUUGCCCGGCAAUGACAGCGCAGCAGAAUACGAGGCUGCAUCAUUGUCACUUGCAGUGAAUUUUUACCGCAUCGCGCCUCCCUCCGUGCUGCACGCGCUCCAAGCUCUAGUUACAAUGGAGAGCUACUCACACUCGCUCCAGCGCUAUGCGCUGGUUAAACAGGCCUUCUGGGAGCAAGUUCUGGCCUCGAAUCUAAUGGUUAAUGGCUUCAAAACUCGCAAGCAUCAUUUACAGCUGCAAGACGAGCAGUUUCCAAGACUUGUGCUGGAUUUCUCGCGUUGUACGCUCACGACGGAGCUGCUCGAGACGUUGACGGAGUUCUUCGCUCAAUCGCGGCUUCCUCAGUCUCAAUUCGCAAGUGUAAAAGUGAAUAAAGAGAUAAAGUCGUCCUGUCGACUGGUUCCUGUGGCUCUGAAGCUCGUCAGAUGCCGCCUAACAGCAGAUUCAAUCAAGAGACUCAAGUCGGUGCUCGUGUCUGAACGAUGGACAAAUGACGCGCCGGUGAGGUUCAGUGUGACGUCGCUAGAUUUGAGUGAAAAUUCUAUGCAGAGUGACGAGUUGAUGGCUUUGACAGACUUGUUGGAUGAGUGCAGACAACGACAGAGUGAGCUACCGCUACAUGAGCUCGUGUUGGAAAACGCCUUGAGCCGAGCACUCACAACAACAAAUUGGACGGCAUUUCGAGCUUUUGUGGGUGAAGCAUUCGGUGUCAAGGGAGGGUGCAAGGCAUCAUUGAAGCGCUUGUCGCUGGCAAAAAACUCGUUGAGCUACCACCAUGUCGGUUGUAUUUGCUCAGCUUUGAGAUGCACAAGUCUAGAGGAUCUCUCUCUGGCGUGUACACUUUCAUUGGUGGAUUCAGCUGACCGCAAGACUUGUUGGCAGUGGCUAGCGAUUGGACUUCGUCCCAUGAUUUCUCGCGGUCGGCGGUCAGGACUUCGACAUUUAGACUUGUCAGAAAACCCUAUGUUCCCCAUAGACAGUGAAGCAUGGCGCGAAAGUCUUCGUAACCCUCAAGCAGCAGUCUUGCAGUGGCUUGAAGAUGUAGCACCUCAAGCAAUUUCUUGUCGUGGCACGACCGUUUGUUGUCUUUUGUCCAGUAAUACUGAGCUAAACUCGUCGCCGACAGAAGCCUCUCCGCGACUCCGCAUUAUCGAGAAAGAGGUCAAAGCAACUAGUCUUGGUGCUGGCGAAUCCAAAGAGUGGGAAGUUGUGGCCACUCUUACAGGUCAACAUGAAUGGCUUUGCGUUGUGAUUCCAGCCUUCGGAGUAGCCUGGACUCGGUCAAACCACGCAAUGAGGUGGGAGCAUACUGAAGAUGGCUUAAGCUCCGCUUUGGCAGUACUGUCAGAGCUCGUGAUGAAUGACAUGGCAGCUUCUCGGACCACGACGGAGGCGCUGGAGCGCUUUGUCGGAGGUUUUGGUGGACGACUGCGGUCAUUAGAGCUACGGCGCAACGCGUUAUCUGCCAUGGACCUGGACGCGAUUUUAGCCGGCUGUCAGCAGCUUAACAUUUUGGAUUUAGAAGGCUGCAGGGUUCUACAACUCCAGCUACUCGUCGAUGCUCUGAGUGGAGUGCUAGGCCAAAAUCUCCGGAAAUUGAAUCUUAAUGCCAACCUCAUUGGUACUGACUCGUUGAACGUGCUCACAACAGCUUUGCGUGGGCAAGCACUAGAUCGUGUUCCAGUACUUCAGGAGCUGCGUGUCGCACACAAUGAGAUCGGCGCCAAUGGUGUGCGCCAUCUACAUGCUGCUUUGGAAUCCAAUAAAAUGUUGAUGUUGCUGGAGCUGGAUCUACCGAACGACGGUGCUGAGGUACCUCGGCAUCCCGAUGACGACGAAUACGUUCAGCUCAAUCGGACGCGCUGCAUGAGGCUGGAUGCGUCCUUCCAGAACGAGUUGUUGGGCGUUACUCCACUGCCUGCUGACCGCAGGCUAGCGUUCUUGCUGGUGCUGAAUGCUUACGAAGUAGUGCUGGAUCGGGGCAUCAGCUGUGCCAUCUUCAGUUUUGCAGCCAACGAGAAGCGACGCCGCAUAUUUUGGAAUACCUCCCAUACUUCAUGA